AACUGUUAAAGUCCACGGUUGUGGCGCCGCAGUAGCCGUGCUGCAUGAUUGAUCUACGUUCCUUUGCAUCAUAGCAUCGUGGCCAUGGAUGUUGGUGCCUUCACUGAUGAAGUCUCGCCAUCAAGUAGAUGCGUUGACGUAUCCUGAGGCGAAGCCACUCGUGUUUCCUCGUGUUUGGUAGUACCGACACGGAAGCUUUGACGAGUAUUGGAUUAGCACAAUUUGUCGACUGAGCUCUACAAUAGAGGGUAUAAAGAGUCAGAGUUGCGCACCACAGGACACUAUUCACCAAGCUCUCCACUGGUAUCAACAACACAAAGCUCAAACGACUCCAACCAAUUCCCAUCAUUGCUCUUUAACCGAACUGUUCGACAUGCUCUCCAAGAUCUCCGCUCUCGCGCUCCUCGCAGCCAGCGUUUCUGCCGCACCUGCCGGUUUUUGUCAAGCACCAGCACCCUGGACCUGGGAAAUACAUGGCUUCAGCAGCGUCUGCACAGCAGCCACGUGCCGUUACUCCUUCAACGUUUCCGGGCCCCCAGGUCCAUCUGGCCAACCCUCGUUUGAUGCUAGCGGUUGCGCAGGUACUAGUGUCCAAAGCGGAUUCAAGUCCUGCUCCCAAGUUAGAGUAGACGUACCAGGUGACGUGCAGGCUCAAGAGUUCAAUCAUGGAAUCGAUAUUGGGGCAAGCAUUAGCGUGCAGUAUACGUUCGAACAGAACGGCGUGAAAUACACGUACACCGGCAACAACUCUGUGGCACACACGGGCAAUGGCCCCGCUGUCGAGUUCACGAUCAUACCUACUGAGGUCUUCGCUGUUCCUAGUGAGGCAUAGUUGAUCGAUGAUGGUGUUUUAGAAUGGAGAAAAAGGUGUGCGUCUCAACUGUCAGAGCUAUAAGAGUUACCAUGAUCAAUAAAGAUGCCAUAACGACUUGGGUACGCACUGAACACCUUCUCUCUUCGUACAAAUACAACACGUUCAAACUUGAUCUGAACGACAAUUUGUAGAGAGCUCUAGAAAAGCUUUACAAAUCUCUCUCUCCCUCUCUCUCACAG